UAUUCGAACCAAUCAGAGACAAGCUUUUUUACACGUCAGACGCUCGACGCUCGCGGUAUUUUUUGUUCGAACGUGGUGGGCUUCAUCUGUUGAGGUUAUUGGGCUUCAUUAGAGUUUUGUGUCGUCAACCCAUGAACACAAAAGAAACCUCGGAGUCUCCGUCGACGCUUAUCGUCUCUGCCUCUUCGUCUUUUCAUCGGCUCUCUGUUUACGUUUUCGUUUUUUCGAUCGCAGAGCCGAGAAGCCGAGAUUUAAUCGAGCAAAAUCAACACAAUGAAUACCUCUUUUAUGAUUUCGUUUCACCUUCCCUUCUUCAUCCUUCUUUAUAAAUUGAUCUUUUUAUAUUCACACCAAAACCCUAGAACCACCCGAAACUCGAUCCAUGGCGAUUAAGAGAAAUGGGAAGUCGCAUGUCUCCUCCGACUCUGAUGAACAAUUCAUGUCCUUCAAGGAUGUCUCUCUAGGUCCCCAUGAAGCUCAACUACGCUUCCGACUCAUCCAUUUCUGGGAGGCUCGGAACCCGGUGAAGAAGACACUGAUUGGCCUCGAAAUGCUCCUCAUCGACGAACAGGGAACUGUUAUUCAAGGAUUCAUCCCACCGGGGCGAAUUAAGAAUUUCUUGCCAGAUAUGAAACGCGGAUCAGUUUACAAGCUCAUCAAUUUCUACGGAUCGAAAAACAAACCGAUGUAUCGGGUUGCUGAUCAUGUUGCAACCGUGUCUUUCGCAUGGAACUCUGAAAUGUCGGUUCUUCACGAGAUUCCCAUCUCUUUUGAUGAAGACCGUUUCAGGUUUCAUUCACACGAAGAUUUUGAAGCCAACUGUGAUCUCAAAAGUGACCUCUACGAUGUUAUUGGCCACAUGAAGCUGGUCGAUGGACAGACUCUUAUUGAGCGUCCCAGCCUUGACGAUGUGAAGAUUGCUACCACUCGGCAUAUUGUGAUUCAUGUGCAGUCGCAUGAGUAA